GCUGAAUCUGAUGCUCAGAAGGUGAGCUCUCUCCAACUGCCAAGAUGGUAAUAAACGUCUGUCUCCCACAGUUCAAGCCAAGAAUUCACUGCAACAAGAUUUCUGCUGAUGGUUACGAAGUGGAGAAUCUGAUCUCCGAAGACCUUGCCAGGAGAAAUCGUGGUUUCCGCAGCGAAUACUUUAUCAAGCCUCCAGUCCACGUUACGAUCUCUUUUCCCUUCAACAUUGAGAUCUGCAGGAUUAAUAUCGACAUCUCAUCCGGGGGAUACCAAACCUUCUCCGGGCUCGAAGUUUACACCUCUACCUCAUGCAAUAAAACCUCUUGGCAGAGCCCUGAGGGUCAGUUCUCAGGUCUGGCCGGUCAGCCUGUGUCGGACAAAGACACUUUCACACUGGUGGGCAAAGCUGUCUUAAAAAAUCAAAGCAAAGUGACGUUCGGCCACAGAGGCUUCAAGCCGAGGCCUCCCUUCCAUCAGAUGGAAAAUGUCUUCUCCUACCCUGGCUCUGCAUCUCAAGACCUCUGGAACAAAGGGCCCGCCUCGCUCAGCAACGUGUCGCACUUAAAAAUCUGCAUCACCCAUGUGGCCGGAGGCGGCCUGCCUUGCAUUAAGAGGCUGGAGGUGUGGGGACAGCCUGCCAAAUCGUGCCCACAGGAGGUGAUCGAGGGUGUCUUUCAGGUAGCCUCCCAGUUCUUCGCCCAGGAUGUCGGCAGCCUCAAGCCAGAGCUCUGGACGCCGAUGGAGAGCGACUGCGUGCCCUUCAGCGCCAACGACAGCGAGCAGCAGACCCUCCGCAAGCUGGUGGAUGUCGUCCAAGACAUCCCCGAAGAAUUCCUGGACCCCAUCACUCUGGAGAUCAUGACCUUCCCCAUGCUCCUGCCCUCCGGGAAGGUGAUCGACCAGACCACCUUGGAAAAAUGCAACCGGAGUGAGGCGUCUUGGGGCAGGGUACCCAGCGAUCCUUUCACUGGGGUGGCCUUCAGCCAGCACUCGCAGCCCCUACCUCACCCUACCCUCAAGGCCAGGAUAGACCACUUCCUCUUACAGCACAGCAUCCCUGGCACCAACCUGCUCGGGAGGCCUCAUGCCUCGGAAAUGCUCGUACCUUCUUCCAUAACGAUGUCUUCUCUGAAAAGGAAAAUGGACUGUAUGGAUCAGAGCUCCGUGCAGCCACCCUAUUUUUCUUCUACAAACUUACUUGUCACGUCUACCUCAGAGAACAGUGCUAAAAAAAUGAAAACUGACAAUGACUCGCAUUUGAUCCAAAUGGACUGUUCGACAGAUCCAGUCUCUCACGAACAAAAACUGUCAGAGAGUUUGGACACUGCCUUGAACUCGGCGCUGAGCUCAAUGCCCUCGUUUACGGCCAAGCUGAUGAAAAGCCAGCAGCAGGCGCAAAGCGAGGGAGGCUGCAGCAGUUCGUGGAGCGUGGGCACCAUCCUCGUGUUAAUGGUUUAUUCUCCCAGUGAGGCAGGUUAGACCAUGUUGACCCCCAGAAAGUGAGGUAUGUUGUCCAUGUCCACAGUCAGAGCAGGGUUCACCAUGAGUCCUGUGGUUUGCCCCCAUUGUUGGCUGUCGCUUGUCUGCGCUGCCCAAAGACGAUCCUGGAUGCGUUGCGCUGAGACGCGGUGCUCAGCCCAGCCCGCACCAGGUUAGUUCAGACUGAGAGCUCGCCCCGCGUCGAGUCUUUGGCUGUUCGCAGAGCUCUGCGAUUUGGGCUGAGUGGCUUAAAUGUUGCCUGUUAGCUGCACAGAGCAAACUGGGCAGUUGUCACGUGGAUGGGGAAUGAGUCUGGUGUGGAGAUGCAGCUCGAGAGGUGUAAAUCUAGCAAAUACCGUGUAGCAUGCUGACCCUUAACAGGAACAGGUAACAGUAGCAACAUCACAGGCCGACCAGCCAAGUGUGUGCCCAGAAUCCCAUCAGGUUUGAAUAUAUGUAGGCCAGGUUGUUGAGUCCUCGCAGUUUUCAUCCCACCUGCUAGCUAGACACGCUAAUUCAGCUGUGUACACAUUCCCAACAUCAUUUCUUCGGGGUGCAGGAAAGCAUUGAACCCUCGUAUGUCCCUCCACAGGCUGAUGCCCUAACUGCUGGCUUGCUCCUCUUCUUCCCCUGAGCGAGGAUCUGCCUGCUUGUGGCAGAGUAGAGGGUUCAGAGGGACCAAGUGACCCUGAGAAAGGGCCGGGGCUGUGCAGCUCCCAGUGUGUGUGUGUCUCUCUCUCUCUCUCUCUGAAUAGCUUUUACUGUUUCGCAGUGACAUUAAGCUAUUAAGCUUUUUCCUGUCCCCUUUAAAAUUGCUGCUGUUUUAAGAGUUGACUGAGUAGCCCUUGAUAGGUAGCGUGUGACAGGAAUGCAAAAUGAUACCUAAAGCAUUUCACUCGGGAAUUAGUGAUUUUAAUCCGAGCGUUGGAAAAGCGGAAGGGAGGCCGAUUUAGUCUCAGUAAAAGUGAAAAGCCCUUUACAGUCAUCUGUCUUCAAUUAAAAGCCUGAUGGUGCAAAUGCUGACGUGAUCCAGCCCCUUCUGAGCACAACCUGCCCCAGAAGCUAGACCGAUCCCUUUCCUUACGGUAGCGAUAGAGAAAACGGGCCACAGUCCUGAGCCGUGAGUGCCUACAGCUGUGCCGUACAUCUGCAGAAAGCGGGGCCCUCGGCUUGUAGGCAGGAUUGGGCACGUAAGGGGUGGCACAGCAUGGGCUUGUCACC